ACGUAUCAUUCGCAAUAUCAUAUUUAUUUAAUAAAAAGCAAAAUAAAAUGAAAUUUCUAAAACGAGGAAAUUAUUUCCGGGAGCAGACACGAUCUCUUCCCUUCUUCUGCAAAACCCUUCCGGAUAAUCUCCGGUUGGAACUAGGGUUUUUCCCCGUUGAACCAGGCGCUUCACGUUCGUACAGCGGUGAUUUUGACUUGACGAAGGGUUUCUUAAUGUCUAUUAAAGCUGAUCAAAUUGACUUGAAUUCCGACGCCUCUUUGGUUGACCGAGAAAACGAUAAUGAGGUUAGUGUUGCGGAAACUGUACAUGUAGUGGGUGUUUCUGCGGAUGAAACCCUAAUGGGUUCUGGUGACGGUAGUGUUCAGGUCCAGGAGCAAAUGGUUGAGCAAGGUGGGGGCUUUGAAGGGGCUAAUGAGUCAGUUGGUGGAGAUGAGAAGAGUGAUCUAGUUGUUGAUACUUUGGGAAAGAUGAGGAAAAUGGAGUGUGUGCGUUCAGGUAUUGAUUUAUUAGCUGAGGUUGGAUCUAUGGGCAAAGAGGCUGAUGGUAAAGGCGGCGAUGGGGAUUCAUUGAUGAAGGGUGAAGGAGCAGGAAUGAGUGAAUGUGAACAGGGUAUUUCCAUACCAAAUGAGAAAGAAUUGGCAACUAUGGAAAUUGAUGAGAAGCCUUCAAGUGUAGAAGAACAUGACAUCAACGUUAAUACGUGUCCUGUUGUUGGAUUGAAUUCCAUUGCUGAGGACAGCAUUCAACUAGGAAAUGCUUGUGAUGCAGGUUCUUUGUCUGGUGAUUUUGAUCCUAAUUCUUCAGUAUUAGGUUCUACUGACUCCUUGCCUUCUAACACUUGUGUCCCAGAGGAGGGAUCUUUUGGUGGACCCGAAGAUCAUGCUAUGGAAAUUGAUAACCAGUCUCAGAUCAAUGAAAAUCAAACCCAGGGCAUUCAGAGUUCAAAAGAUGGUGUUUUUGAGAACAAUGGAAACAGGCCUGAUCAAUUUGAUCUAGUAGAAAAGUUGGAUCCUUAUACAAACCCACCUGACGAUCUGUCAGGUGAUGCAAACAAUCCAGAGUCCAGUGCCUCAAAACCAGAAUUUUGUGUCUCUGAUUUAGUGUGGGGUAAAGUCCAGAGCUAUCCCUGGUGGCCUGGGCAGAUAUUUGCACCUUCAGCGGCCACAGCAAAGGCAAAAAAAUAUUUUAAGAAAGACUGUUACUUGAUUGCAUAUUUUGGUGAUCAUACAUUUGCUUGGAAUGAAGCAUCUCGAAUCAAACCCUUCCGUCCCCAUUUCUUACAUAUGGAGAAGCAGAGCAGUUCAGAAGAUUUUCAGUAUGCUAUUGAUUGUGCUCUGGAAGAGGUUUCUAGAAGAAUAGAGUAUGGACUGGCCUGUUCUUGCAUCUUAAAGAAAGCAUACUCUUCUGUCCAAACCCAGACAAUUGUUAAUGCUGGAAUCCGGGAAGAAUCAAGUAGAAUAGAUGGUGGGGACAGAUUUUCAAAUGCAACAUCAUUUGAGCCUUCACAACUUAUCAAAUAUAUAGAAGGCUUAGCCCAGUCGCCAUAUUAUAGUGGGAUUAAUAAACUGCAAUUUGUAGCCUCACAAGCACAGUUGCUGGCAUUCUAUCGUUGGAAGGGUUACUCUCAGUUGCCUGAGUUCAAAAUUCUUGGUGGAUUGUUGGAGAGUGAUGCAGAUAUCCAGCUCUCCGAGGAAGUAAAGCAAUGCAGCAAAGAGGAUGAAAAUGCUUUUCCCAGUUCCAAAGUUGAUCAAGUGUCCACUGGAGAUGGGAAGCCUGAGGGUCAAGAUGGUUCUUCUGAUAAGCAAAGGAACAGUGGAGACAGUUUGUCUUCCAAAAAGGAGAAAAGCUUGUCAGAUUUUCUAGCAGAGAGGCGCUUGAAUAUUAAAAAUGGUAAGAAGGGAUUAGGUGGUAAAGCUGGUGAUAAGUCCAUUUCUGUGUUCUCCAGAAGAAAACGCAAGGCUGUUGAUACCUUGUCUGGUGAUUUGGCCCCCGUGGUGAAACAUAUGAAAAGUAAUUUUAAUUUGUCUGAUGACUCAGCUAAGUCACAGUCUAAGCAAAGUUUCACUAUUGGAGCUAGCAUACUGAGGGUUGCUAGCCAACUAAAUGGUUCAAGUCCAAUUUUCAAGAAUGAUGAUGGGUUCUCACGGAAGUCUCCAGUGAAGAAUAAAAGCACAGAAAAACUUCUCCCUAGGAAAACUGAAGGAAAAAGGUUUUCUGAGAGACAGAAUUCUUCCCCUCAUGAGAUGCUGUCACAACUUCUGUUGGCUGCCACAGAUCCCCUGAAAGAGUACAGCUUUUUGACUUCUAUAGUUGGUUACUUUACAGACCUCCGGAAUUCCAUCAUUCUGGAAUGUAACAGACCUGAGAAACAUGAACAGUCUGUGAAAAUAGAAGACUCUUCUUGGGUUGAUAGGAUACUUAAAUGCCUUCCCGAAGAAAUGUUGAAGCUUGAAUGUCAGAAUCAAGCUGCAGACAUUUUACCUGAAACUCCUAGUGAAAAUGAUACUCCAACUGUUCAACCAACUUCCAACUUGGACUCUGAACCAAAAUCCACAAAUCAAAGUCCUAAAAUGGAAGCAGAGAAGCCCAUGGAGUCCUUGAAUGAGAGUUCUAAAGAAGAAUUUUCACCAACAGCUCUGAUUCUAAAUUUUACAGACUUGGAUUCUGUUCCUAUGGUGGAAAACCUGAAUAAGAUAUUCAGUCGAUACGGACCUCUAAAUGAAUCAGAUACCGAAGUGCUAGAGAAGAGCAGCCGAGCCAGAGUGGUGUUCAAAAGACGUGAAGAUGCAGAAACAGCCUUCAGCAGUGCUGGCAAAUAUAGUAUUUUUGGGCCAUCUCUUGUCAGUUACCGGCUCAAAUAUCUGCCUUCUACACCGCAUAAAGCUUCUCCAGGCAUAACAAAGCGAGGCAAAAAAAGUACAAAAUCCCUGUCUGGAGGCUCAACUUGAUGGGAGAGAUUUUGUGACUGCAGAGUUUUAGCCAUCCAUAUGCUUUCUUUCUGCGGUUACACAGUGAUCCAGGAUAGUUUAUUCAGUUUUUUAACUGGAUAGUGUGUAUGAAACUAUAGGACCAAACAGUUUGAGUAGCUACUAAUUAGGGAAUUCAUAGCAAGCAGAGGUUUUAGUUAACACUCAGAUCAUGUUUAAUUUACCCGUGCAAAAUGAUUGAAUUUUCUGAUUAAUUAGC